CCUAAAUACGUCAUCAGGAGUAAGAAACAUACAACUUUGAGUGCGAAACAGUCUUGUUGCUGCAAUGGCCGACGCGGAAAACACCCGGAAGGCUCUGCAGAAAGAGGUUGAGACAUAUCGUAAUCUGCAAGCAGAGCUUCAAAAGCUUGCUAAGGGCAAGCAGGAGCUGACUGCGAGGUUUACGGAGACGGAGACCGUGGUGGAGGAGCUGAAGCUGCUGGACGACGAGGCAAACGUGUUCAAGGCUGUGGGCCCGGUACUGGUUAAGCAGGACCUGGUGGAGGCGCGCUCAAACGUGUCGAACCGGUUAGAGUUCAUCAAGAAAGACAUUGACCGGUUAGACGUCCAGAUUAAGGGCGUGGAGAGCAAGAUGCUUGACCGCGAGAAGGAGAUGAUGAAGCUGCAGCGGAAGCUGCAGGGCGGCGCGGCCGCUGGCCCGUAAACCCCUGCUGUACGGUGCUGAAGGCUUCAGUGUGCGGUUGGAUAUGGUGGACUGCAGCACUUGAUUUCAUCAUGGCGCCCAUUCCUGUACAAAGCGACGGCCCGUGGCCGCAUGGUGGGCAGGGCCGCAGCACUGGCUGAGCCUAUUUGAGUUGAGGGCGGACAGCGUGGCGUGCUUGGGAGCGGAGGUGCUGCACUCACAGGCGUGCACGGGCCCAAAAUGACACUGGGGCGAGGCGCACACAGACAGGUCCACAGGUUAAGUGCGUGCGUGGUCGACGAGCGGACGAGCGGUCAGGCCAAAGGCUGGGGGAGGAUAGGGCGAUGCGUGCCCGAUGUGAACCCAGCUAGGCCAAUUCUGGUUGUUCUGGGCGAUGAAGACGGCUGGUUUGAUCUUGCAAGGCGUGAAGUUGCAGGGACUUGUGGCCGUCAUGCGCUCAUGGGAUGUUGAGGGCUUGGAGCGUGAAGGCGGUUGAUACGUUCGGUACGGCCAUGUAGGUGGAGCACAGUUUGACGGUGUUGGGGUUCAGCCAUACGGUAAGCAAUGAAAUGUGAUGCGCCAAUUGUGCCUCUGCCUCACCGCGACUUGUAAAUGAACUGGUGU